UGAAGAAAUUCACAAAGAUUGACCAUCAAAACCAACCACUGAAAAUUAACCCAAAAAGGAAAACAAUGUUGGGAUGACUCCGCCAAAUAAAGCAAUGCUUCACUAAAUUUAGCUUACUUUACCUUUCUGUUUUCUCCCUCUUUCUUUCUUUCUUUCUUUCUCUCCUCUCUCCUCUCUCCCUCUCCCUCUCCCUCUCCCUCUCCCCUCUCCCUCUCGUUGCUAGGGUUGCCAAAUUGGCCAUUAUAAUCUGGGGGUCAUCACAUUAUCCAGAGAAGUGAAACUUAAACGGACCCCAUAAAUUGGUAAGGUAGGUUAUGGAGUGAGAAUCAAUUAUUGAUUGAAAAAGUAGGGACCAAACCCCCUUUUGUAUUAUAACUACACCCUUUUGCACGGUCACAAUUUCACAAACACCCAAAUUUCCCAAAUUGGUCUUGGGUUUCUUCAAUGUUCUCUUCUCUCUGGCAUCUGCCAUUUGCAUUAACACCUGAAAUUACAAAUUUUUAGGGUUUCAUAUCUGAUUCUCCCCCUUUUUUUAGUGCCCUGCAUUUUUAUGCCUCCCACCUGCUUGGUAAAAUGUCCCUGUGAAUGUUUUUUUUUUCUCUAUCAAAUCAAAUUGGACUGUUACCCUUUCGAUGUUUACCGUUUCUGGGUGAUGGGUUUUUCUAGGUUUUGAUUGAUGUGCUGUAUUUUUGUACAUUGGUUAAUUCUGUGCGUUUAAACCCAAUUAAGAAGCAAUUUCUAGAGAGAGAGAGCGAGAGAGUUUGUUUUAUUAAAAAAGAAAAAUGGCGAGGGAAAAGAUUCAGAUCAAGAAAAUUGAUAACACAACAGCAAGACAAGUGACAUUUUCAAAAAGGAGAAGAGGUUUGUUUAAGAAAGCUGAGGAGCUUAGCGUUUUGUGUGAUGCUGAUGUUGCUCUCAUCAUCUUCUCUGCUACUGGAAAGCUCUUUGAGUAUUCCAGCUCCAGUAUGAAGAAAAUACUUGAAAGGCAUAAAUUGCACUCAAAGAACUUGGAGAAGCUGGGCCAACCAUCUUUAAAGUUGCAGCUUGCUGAAAACAGCAACUGCACCAAAUUGAGUGAAGAAAUAGCACAGCGAAGUCGACAGCUUAGACAUAUGAGGGGAGAGGAGCUUCAAGGAUUAAGUAUAGAAGAGCUGCAACACCUGGAAAAGUCCCUUGAGUUUGGACUAAAGCACGUCAUGGAUAAGAAGGUUGAGAAGAUUAUGAGCGAAAUAGACUUGCUCGAGCAAAAGGGUUCUGAGUUGAUGGAAGAAAAUGAGUGGCUAAGACAACAAGUGCUGGAAGCAUCAAAGGGGGGGACACAACAAGCUACUGGUUCGGAGAAUGGCAUUUCUGAGGACAGCCAGUCAUCGGAGUCGAUCACUGCUGGUUAUAGUAGUUCAUCUGGUCCUUCACAAGAUAAUGAUGAAACCUCAGAUACCUUUCUCAAAUUGGGAUUGUCAUUCGGUGGCUGAUGGAGAGACCAUAUGAGAUUGUUGGCCUGUAAUGGUCGCUCCUUUGCCUGCGGUUGUAGCACCGGUAGAAUGUGUAAAAUAUUAAGCUGUGUAUGUUGUACCCUUUGUCAGAUAAGAAGCUUGAUGUAAUCGAGCUACUCAAAUGUAAAGCAAUGGUGAAGAUGGUCCAGUUUGCUAGCUUCUGCAGUCAUGUGUUGUGUUCUGUGUUUAUUUUUGUUUUCACCUGUAGACUUUGUAGUGGGAGUAAUUAAUUAGUAUUAAAAGUUAAUAAAGAAAAAUAACCAUUGAUUGAAGGACUUAUAAUGCUGUACUAACAUUCAAUUUCAAAUGUGACAAUUUCGUGUAAACAAUAAUAGACUGGAAAUUUGGCAUCA